CCGAGGACGUCCCGGGCAUGGCCGCGGCCGCUGGCCUGGCGCGCCGACUGCGGGCAGCGCUGCGGGAGGAGGAGCCGCGGGCCGUGGAAGAACUGCUGCGCCGCGGCGCGGACCCCAACCUGGUGCUCGCGGAUGGCGCGGCAGCCGUGCACCUGGCGGCCAGAGCCCGGCACUCGCGCGGUCUGCGCUGCCUGGAAGCCCUACUGCACCGGGGCGGGGAUGCGAACGCUCGAUCGGUCGAGGCGCUCACGCCGCUGCACGUGGCUGCCGCCUGGGGCUGUCGCCGCGGCCUGGAGCUGCUGCUGGGCCACGGAGCGGACCCCGCAUUGCGCGACCAGGACGGACUCCGGCCGCUGGACCUGGCGGAGCAGCAAGGGCACCAGGAUUGCGCGCACGUCCUUCGGGAACUCCAGACUCGGACCCAGACAUCGACCCGGACCCGGGCAGGGAGCCAAGAGCUGGAGCCGGAGCCGGAGCCUGGCGGUGGCCCCUCUGGACCUCCCAGUGUGUCGCUGGGCUCCACAGCACUGGGCAGAAGUGAUGGCAGGGACAAGGGCCUGGAAGCCAGCCCCAGACUCCCCCGCCACCUUGCCCACCCUGAGAUCGCUGACAAGGAUAGCAGCCUGGAGCACUCUCCGCGCCCCCCAGGACAGUGGCACUGCAGCUCAGAUGCCUCCUUUGUCACUGCGACUGAAGACUCUGGAACUGAAGACCCAGCCCCGCACACCUCCUCCUGGGCAAGGUCAUCGCCCCAGACCGAGCAGAGAAUCCUGCUUACUGUUCGCCCUUCCCAGGGGAUGCCAAGGCCCCCAGGUACCCCACAGCUGGCACAUCGAGCUGCCGUGACAGACAGGGAGGCUGAGCUAAAUACCUGUCUGCAGGCCCUGACUCUGACUUCGCCAGAGGCCUCCGCCUCCCCCACAUCCCUCCCGAGCCCCCCUCGGAAACCACGCCCUGGACUCCCCGACGUCCACGUCCUAAAAGACGAAGAGUUGUCCCUCGACGGUGAAAUGGCUGCCCUCUGGCUGACGGAGGAUGAGGCGAGCUCCACGGGCGGCAAGGACCCUGUCCCCUCUUGCCGGUGCCCUCCAGUCCCUGUCAGGACGCACCUGGAGACACCGCAAGGGCUCCGAGCGCUGGGCAAGGGCCUGGGCCCCAUCACACCCUUCACUGCGACGUACUACCUCCGACGGCCCGAAGAAGUCCGUGCUGGUCCUGGCUUAGACUUUGCAGGGCACAGCCCAGAGCUGGCCAAAGCCCUGCGGACAGGCUGUAUCCCAGAUGCCCAGGCGGAUGAGGAUGUGCUUGCCCAGCAGUUUGAGCAGCCGGACCCCACAAGAAGGUGGCGGGAGGGGGUCGUGAAGUCCAGUUUCACGUAUCUACUGCUGGACCCCAGGGAGACUCAGGACCUGCCAGCCCGAGCCUUCUCACUGACCCCCACUGAACGCCUUCGGACCUUUGUCCAUGCCAUCUUCUAUGUGGGGAAAGGGACACGGGCCCGGCCAGAUGCCCACCUCUGGGAGGCCCUCAGCCACCAUCGGAGGGCAGCCCCUGACCCCACCCUGGCCCCCUAGGCCUGCCCCAAAGUGCGCCAGAUCUUGGACAUCUGGGCCAGUGGUCGUGGUGUUGUCUCCCUGCACUGCUUCCAACACGUGGUUGCUGUGGAGGCUUAUACUCGAGAGGCGUGUCUAGUGGACGCUCUAGGCCUCCAGACACUGACCAACCAGAGACAGGGACACUGCUAUGGAGUGGUGGCGAGCUGGCCACCCACCCGGCGACGCCGCUUGGGGGUGCAUCUGCUGCACCGCGCCCUCCUCGUCUUCUUGGCUGAGGGUGAACGAGAGCUGCGACCCCAGGACAUCCAGGCCCGUGGCUGAGUAUUGAGGAGUUGGCCAUCCAGCCUGGGUAGAGAUCAGGGUGCUUGAAUGUUCCAGCUGCCCCAUGCUGACAGCAGCCCCCCAUCUCCAGAAGGCUGAUGGGGGGGGGGAGCGGGCAGGCAGCAGGGCCUAUCUCCCCCUCAAGCUGAGAAAGGACUUUGUUACAGAUGGAACUGCUGGAAAGGUAAUGAGCUUCCUGUCACGGGAGGAAGACAAGUAGGGAAGCAGAAGUUCUUUGGAACGUUCUAGUGCUUCAGAACAUGCUAGUGCCUUGGCAGUUUGGUCCUGUCUAUAUAGUCCACUUUUAGCUUCCAGACGCAGGGAACUCACAUGUGGGAUGGAGGGGGGAAAUCUGCCAAAGUCAAGAGCCAGAUUUCUCAGCGUCGCAGCUGUGGGACCUCGGACCAGUAAUUUGCCUCUCAGAGGCUCAGGUUCCUUAAUUUGUACAAUGGGGACAGUGAGAAGUGCUACCUCAAGGGGUCAUUGCGGAGACGGGAGGAAACGGAGUCACGCAGUACAGUGGGUGGCUCAGAGCCCUGCACUGAGCCAGAGGCAGCCCUUCCGCCCCGGUGGAAAGUCUCUUGCGGAAGGGAGGUGCCUGAGGCUCUCCAGGGGCCGGCCGUGGGUGGUGAUAUGUGGGCAGAGCUGGAGAGGCCGACAGGGUGUGGGUGAGCCACCAGCCCUCCUCAGGACAGCUGUGCCCCUCGGGCCCCCGGACGUUGUUUCCCUGAAACCCUUCCUUCCACCA